ACCGUGGUCAGCAGGAUUGCCCUUGGUACUUAAAAGUCGACAUGAGUAUACAAUGUGAUUACUCUGCUGGUGAACAUAAAGUUCUUUAUGUGAUUUGCUGGUCUAUGUCUGUGUACGUACUUGUUCUACCGUUGCUGCUGUUGUGGGGUCUCUUUAAGAGGCAUCGUAUGACAAAGGACCAUCAAGUUUGUAUCACAAAUGAUGACGAUUUUGUUAUUCUUUGUGACAGACGCAGUAGUAGUAAAGAUGAUUUGCUCAAGUCACUCGACUUUCUGGAUGAAAAUUACGAGAGAAAGUUUUGGUUUUGGGAAUCACUGGAGAUUGCUAGAAAAUUCUUACUGACGUGUGGAAUCGAAUACUUUGGUGGCAGCAGUCUGUCUGGUGUGGCCAUUGCAGCAAUGAUUGCUAACGUAUUUCUCGUGCUUCACGCACACUUCAAACCAAUCAAACGAAAAUCAGAGCAGCUGCUGCAGCUUCUCUCCUUAAUGGUCAUUUCGCUCAGUCUCAUGCUUGCAACUCUAAUAGCUCUGCAAGAAGCGACCGCCAAGAUCUCGGCUUCAGUAGAUGAAUACGACCGUCGAGUUUUCUCUGUCGUUGUGAUGCUGGUCAACGGUCUCUUUGCCUUAUGUAUCUUAGGACGUUUGGUAUUUUGUGGCUACAAAGCGUUGAAAACAGUUCGCUCCGAUAACGGUGGUUGCAACUUACUCCUAUGGCUCAUACAUUUUGUCACAGAUGAAGAUUCUCGUGAAGAAAAUUCGGUUGUUGCGGCAGAUUCCCAGCAAAAUGUAACCGAAAUGUUUGCUCUUGUAGACGACGAGUUCGAAGACAACUAAUGCUAAAAUCUUAUUCUUCAAAUGUCGUGGCCAUUCGAUUAUAGUUAGAAAAUGGCGUUCUUUAUAAGAUUGUAGGAUUUUGAAUAGCAGCUGAUGUAUAAGCGUUAUAACACGGAAGGCAGUGAGUUAGAAAGUAGUCUACUAGUAAUAACAGUAGCCAUGCAUGCAAGCUUGUACCGCUUUUGAUCAUUUAGCACAAUAAUAAUUUUUAUUGAAAUUUCCUCUUUA